CCUGACAUGUCUCAAUGUAUACACCAUUGCUGCGUGCCUGCGUCCGAAACCGCCUACUUCCAUACUAUAUAGUAUGCAAAGACUACGAGAAGUAGUGCUUUUCGCCUACUAUAUAGUAUGGAAGUAAUCGAAGUAUGUGAUGGAGAACACAUACUCCGCCAUUAAAACGAAAGAAAGAGAGGAAGAGAACACAUAUUUUGUAAUAUUAGGAGCGAGAAAACAUCUGUAACGACUCUUAACGGGAAGAUUCAAGACUUUAAAACUUCGACACCUCUUAACGUUAUUCGGAUCUAACGAUGCGCAACAGACAUGGAGGAUCUAAUCUUGGUCUGGUCUUGCUGGCCGCGCAGGUUUACCAGCUGGGCUUAGACAACAUCCCACCUGUUACUCUGGGAACGCUGGGACUCAAUGUCUAUCUAUUUCUGUUCCCUGUCAAACCUAUUUCACAGACGUGUGUGAGUGUUCAGGAGGUGUUCUGGAACAGACGCUGGCAAUGUUUGCUCCUCUCUCCAUUUCACCAUGUUGAUGACAUACACCUGUAUUUCAACAUGGCCUCCCUUCUUUGGAAGGGCAUCAAGCUGGAGAGGAGACUGGGAGGGCAUUGGUUCGCAUAUCUGCUUUGCGUCUUCUCUCUGCUCGAAGGAUUGGUCUACCUGCUCCUGGAGGUGGUACUGACCCAGAUAACAGAAGAUACCACGUACAGUUUACAGUGUGCAGUGGGGUUCUCUGGUGUUCUGUUUGCCCUAAAGGUAGUACAUAAUCAUUAUGAAUCGGGUAGGACUUCUUACAUUAUGGGUGUGCCUAUUGCCAGUCGCUAUGCCUGCUGGGCGGAGUUGGUCCUCAUCCAUAUCCUGUGCCCAGGCACCUCAUUUGUUGGACACCUGUCUGGCAUUCUGGUUGGACUGCUCUACACGAAAGGACCCCUAAAGAGUCUCAUGAAAACAUGUGCUGAUUUUGUGACAUCGGAUAGCAACUUUGGAAGCCGGCGGACAUUCAAUUCGUCAGGAUCCAGUGGAUUUAGGAUGCCAAAUUCUCCAAACUCUUAUUAUGGUCAGCAGUCAUUUAAUCCCAGGCACAAUAGCGCCCCCUACAGGGACCCAUAUAACACAGACAUGCCCUCUGCACCCCGUCAGCAUCCAGCUGGUUUGUCAGAAGAGGAACAGAACGAGGCUGCCAUCGGGGCCAGUCUAAACAACACAGGGUCCUCUGAGCAAACAAGUUCAUCAAAUGUAUACUCUGACCCAAUCCCUGAAGUUGUCCGCUUGCGUCGACUUCAAAGAUUUACCCGCUGAGCAUCUAUUAGAUAAUGUAAAUAAUAAAGCUAAAUUGUUUACAACAAAGGUGGUGCAAGAUAACCUAUGCAAAAAUAAGUGAGGUGCUGAUUGGUCAUUGCAAGAAAUGGUCUGGAUGAUGUCACUGUUGGAUCUGCAUUGGUACAGAAUCUUACUAAAUGUGUGGCACGUUUGAAAUAAAGCUGCCUGUAUUCAUAACUGCAGUGGAGUCGAUAAGGGUUCGACUCUUGUAUUAGUGCAUCUAUGAUGUAUGAUUUUAAACUUUACAUUCCUUCAUUUGUCAUUUUAAUGUGUGUAAUAUAAAAAUCGUCUGUCUGCCAACAACUCUUACUCAUUUGUAUUUUUCUUUGCUUGAAUGUAAUUGUUUUUUGCUACAUUGUUACUUCUCAGGAAACACUUCUCAGUAUAUUUUUGUAAGCAAACAAUAAAUAGUUUUUCUGGCUCGUU